AUGGAUGCCGACAAUUUCAGGAAGCUCACAGCGAUCCUGGACGUCCUGGAUCGCUACAAAAAGUCUUUGACGGCGGCUUCCUUCCAGGGCGCCUCUGGGGAUAGGUCCCGCAGCAGACGGAUCUCGCGGUCGCCGAGUGUCCGAAGCGCCCGCUCCGGGAGUUGGAUGCCAGCGCGCUCCGUCUUCGUCGGAGGCGGCUCGACCUUGAAAUAUCACGCUCGUAGCAAGCAAAUAGAAGACUGGCCGGAGACGACGGUCGCCGCUAUCCAGCGGAAAAUGACAAUACGGCGCACAAAGACUCUCCAUGCACGCCGCCAAGCAGCCGCUCGCCUUUCUUGCCCGGAGCUUCCACAUCUCCAAAAGCUUCAAGUCGAUCUGAGAGAGUUGGAUUCGCCCCUGCAAGCGAAGGUAGAAAGCCGUGGCUUGGAGCGCUGGUUCAGCGGGCCGAGAGCAGCCCAGGACGACUCGGAAACACUCGAAGCUUUUGAGGGCGAGGGCAUCCGCAAAUGGGCUUCCCUGAGUGACGGGGAUGUGUCCUUGGAGGUGGACCUGUCGGAUGACGACGAAUCGGUUCGGCCUGACGUUAUCUUUAGUGAUUCAGUCGGGUCGGUGGAUUUGAAGAGUCUCGCAGAACUGGAGUUCGAUGAAGUCGACUUGGACCACAUCACGCCCAAGGUCUUGGGACAACUCUUCGACCGCGUCUUGGAGUGUCUGCAACUGGAUUUCAGAGAUCUCAUCGACAAGCUGAAAACGCAGAACGGACACCUCAAGCAAGACAUCAUCUCCAUGAAGAAGAAGCUGCAAGAUGCGGUUCACACGAAUGAUGAGCAGAUUAUCAAACGGUCCCACUUGGCGCAGGCCGCGGUGGACAGUGGGACGAUGGGUUGCAGCUUCCUGUCUUGGAUUUUCUCCUCGCUUUACGGUUCGGGACGCGUCAGCCGUUAUCGGUAUGCGAAUGGAGAUUUAAGGAUUCGGAUGACGCCUGCGGCCUUUGGGGACCCAGGCGACGGCCGCGCGUUCGGGAAAGCCUUUUUUAUUGGGCAUGGCCUGCCUGCAGGGGCGUGUCGCGGAUCGUUUCAUGCUCCUUCAGAGCUCAUCCUUUUCCUCGUUCAGGUCCAAGAGUUGAAGGACAUGACGGAGCGCGUGGCGGAUCUGCGGGCAGAGACGCGGGAACUCACCAGACAGCUCAGGCUGAUGGAGUCGCAGCUCAAGAAAUACGCUGAGCAGGACCGCGAGAUUCAGGCACUGGUCCGUGAGAAGUUGGCUUGGGAAGCUGAGCGCCAGCAGCUCAGCGCCCAGAUCCAAAAGCUGACGCAGGAGCUCGGGACCCGAGACGACGGGACGCGUCUUUUGCAGCUCCUCGGGGACUUUGACCGCGUUGAGGCGCUGAAUCAGGAGAAGGAAGAGCAGCUGAAGACGCUGGCGAAGCAUCUGGAGGCGAAGGACCGCGAGAUCGAGUCUCUCAACUUGAACUUGUCGAUGAAGCAGACGGCCGCGGCGGCGCCUCGUCGUGACCCUCGAAGCAGCAUUUUGUCGCCGCGCGUCUCCCUCGAGUUCUACUCCGGCACUCUUCCACGCCGCACGACGAUGGCGCGUCGGCACCUCGUAGAGUCGAGGAGCUCGGUCCCUUUGGUGGGGGCUUCCCUCGCGGGCGAGCUCCGGCAAGCAGCGCAAGAGACUGAGGAGAAGCCAGCCGUCACUGUUGAGGAAUACGCACAGAGACUGGAGCUUGCGCGGCGCAAGCUCGACCAGGCGAUGGCAGAGCUGGAGACGGCGAGUCACGUGAACGAGACUCUCCGGGAAAAAGUCACUCGUCUUCAAGGGGAACUGGACGAGACGACAAAGACGGUGGAGGAUCUCACCAAAGAAGUUAAAGAGAAGGAGGAGCUGCUGAACAGUGCCGAGGAGAAGCUUCGCGAGCAGACUUCGCUCCUACAUGCCACUGACCUCAAACUUUUCAACGCCGAAGAGGGAAGCCGAAACAAGGAGGCGCAGUUGGACAGGCUCCGAGCAGACCUCGCUGCAGUUCGGGGAGAACUCGACGCCGCGCUCAAGCAGAGCCAGGGAGACACGGCUCUGCUAGAGCAGGUGGGCCGUCAGGUCGAGCAGAUCAAGAGGCUGGAGAAGGAAGUCGCCGAGCUGCGCGAGCAGUUGAGCGAUAGCACGGCCAAGAACGAGACUUCAAGCGCUGAUGCUGAGAGGCUCAAGAAGCUGUUAGCGGAAGAGACAGGGAAAGCGGGAGAGGGCGACCUUGCUUGGCGUGCACGUCUCGCGGACGUGGAGGCGGAGCUAGAGGCAGAGAGCCGCAGGGCGCUCCGAGCCGAAGAGUUGGAGCAACAAGUGAAGGAUCUCGAAGAAGAGCUGACUGUGCUUCGGCGCACGGGGGCGGAGAUGGAGGAGAAGUUGAAGCAUGAAAUCGAGAUCCUCCGUGCCCACAUGGAUGAGCAGAAGGCAACGUUUGCUCGGGCCGAAAAAGAGUUGCAGGACCAACGUAACGCGGCCGAAAACGAGAAGGCGGACCUUGCCAGGCGCCUCGCCUGUAUCAACGAGGAGUUGCAGCGCCUUCAAAGGGCGGAACAGCUAGCGCUAGCACUCGAAGCGGAGCCCGCCACGUUUGCCGACUCGCCUUCUCAGGAGGAGUCACAGAAAGUGCGCGAUCUUCUGGAGAAGCAUUCUUUAGAUCUGGAGCGUCUCCGGCAGUCGAUCACCGAACUGUCCGAGACCAAGCAGUCGCUGGAGUCGGAACAGAGUGUCUUGGACAAGAAGUUGAGCACGUUUAAACAGGAUCUCGGAGAAGUCCAGGCGCUGUACCAAGACAUGCACAGCAAGCUUGACGCUGCGCUCCGUGGCAAGGAGGACGAACUCGCGAUUCUGAUCGCCGCGUGCAACCAAAUGGAAAAGAACGUGGCUGCGAAACUGGAACAGAUGCGAAAAGAGCUCCGUGAGGAGUCGGAGAAAGAACUGGAGAGGGGGCGGCUGAUAUGGCUCUCCAACCGUCUACAGGAAAGUGUGCACCAGUUGAAGCGAGACAAUGCCGCACUACAAGCCCAGCUGGAAGCGGCUGAGCAGGGAGGCAUCUGCCCUGAAGACAGGAAGCGCCUCGAAGCGUUGGAAGAAGAAAACCGCGCCUUGACCAGUCAGCUUGCCGACCAGCAGUCCGCAGCCUUGAGGGGAGCCGCACUCGAAGAGGAGGCGGCCGCGCUUCAGUCUCUCAAGGAGGAGCACGGCCCACUCCUGCACCAGGUGGAGACUCUCCGCGGGCGGAAUGCGGAUCUCGAGGCGCUAGUCGUGGCCGCCAAGGGCGACGGCACGGCGGAGAUCGAGCGCCUUCAGCAGAGCUGCCGGCAGUUGGCUGCUCAACUUAAACAGCUGGAAGAAGCGGACUCGAAGGCGCGACAAGCGCAUGCAGAGAACCAGGCGCUUCUCGAGCGGUGCGCACACCUCGAAACCCAGUUGAACAGGACGUCAGACAGGCUCGGGGCCUCCGAGGCUGCCACAGAAGUCUGGCAAGGGAAGUACCAGCGGUCGGCAGCUGAGAACGAGAAACUCCAGAGAAAGCUGGCGCUCUUAACAGAGCAGCACGGGCUGUUGAUGAGUCGUGCAGCGGAGCACCAGAAACUGUCGUCGCUGAUGGAGCAUGUGUCGAAAGAGCUUCUCCAGAUCCGCGGCGACAUGGCAAAGAUCAAGGACCUAGGAACCAAAAUCCAGGAUACACCUGCCACAACUGUGUUUAACGUCGGCUACCCUGAGAACGUCAUUCCCAUGGUCAGCGUCCACGGGGAUCACAAGAAGGAGCAAACGGUAAACAUCUCAGGCGUGUACGAUCUGCGCAUGGCGGCUGGUCAGUACGCAACUUUCUCGACGACCGCGGGCAGUCGCGCAGCCACGCCUCUACGCAGGAACUGCGCGUCCUCGCUGCUGAGCAGUCUACGUGAUGGAAUCUCCAGCGGCAACUGCUGCUCCAGUGACGUCGAGAGUCGCAUGGCUUCCGCGAUUGGAAACGGCAUAACUUACGUCUUUCCGUCCUCUCGCCGCGCCCCGGCGUCAUGUACAACGCCAGUGAGCAGUUCGUUGUUCGACAAAAAAGUAUCAAACCCCUCGACAGUCUUGCGAGUCAGGACCGGCAUUGAGACACCGUCAGCGGAACAGUUCUUCCCCAUGUCCCCGGAAAGCGACCCGCGCCCGGAUUUCCAUCCCCUCUUGCCCUCUGUCCCGUGGUAUCCCCCCCCGUAG